GCUGGCUUUAGAUAACUUCAGUAUCAACUGGCCACUUGUGACCCUGUGCCUGGACGUUCUUGUUCUACCUUGCCAAACAUCGCUGAGACUGACAGCUGACAACUGUCGCGUUGAGGAUGAAAUGCCAUGCGAAGGGGAAAAGGGAGGAAUACGAAGAGUUUCCAGUAAAAGAAAAACAAGCUCUGUUGUGACUAUAUAAAGAAAAGACAAAAGAGGACAAUAUCUUAGGAGGAAGAGUCGUUUGGACGUUAAUGUGAGGCCUCAUGGCAGGUCAGUAGGACGGGUCUAGACGGGCUGCACGGAAAACCGACCCUUGUGGUCGGAAGCCAGAGGCUUCCCCGCCGGGGAGAUCAUUCAUGAUGCGGACAUCUGGUCUGAGCAACUGGUAACCAGCGAAGGUGUGUUCAUUUACUGCUGCAGCAUCCGACAAGGACCUGCGUUUACUGUGUGCGGUGUGUGUGUGUGUGUGUGUGUGUGUGUGUGUGUGUGUGUGUGUGUGCGUGCGUGCGUGCGCCCGCGCGUGCGCGCCCGAGUCCGUGUUUUUGUGUGUAACUAUGAGUCUUGUCACGGGCUUCCCUCACCACCCGGUCAUGCACCACCACGACAGCCACCACUAUUCCCUGCAUGCGGCGGCGGCUAGUCGGUGUCAUGAGGACACCGGCGCGCCACCGUACUUCACAAGCUGGCUGAUAAGUCACGCGGAUAUGUCACCCACCGAGUACAGCCUGGCGCCCGGCUACAGCCCAGAGUACCAUGGCAACAAUAGCAGUGGGUCGACCGGAGGGUCAAUCGGCCUGGACCCACACCAUCACCACUACUACGGCCCUGGCGGGUUAGUUCCAGGACCAGGCACCAUCUCGCUGAACGGAACCGCGGUCGGUAUGCACCACCACCACCACCACACACAUCCUCGAACCGUGAAGCGAAGACCAACGGCCAAUCGCAAGGAGAGGCGGCGGACCCAGAGCAUCAACUCAGCCUUUGCGGAGCUGCGGGAAUGUAUCCCUAAUGUCCCGGCCGACACCAAGCUAUCCAAGAUCAAGACGCUGCGCUUGGCCACCAGCUACAUCUCCUACCUAAUGGACAUCCUCGACAAGGACGGACAGCACGGAGACACCCAGGCUUUCAAGGCCGAGCUAAAAAAGACGGAGGCUCGGGAGGAGCGGCGGAAAAGAGAAGCGGUGGAGGUCCCGAAGACUUCAUCCUCCAUCUCCUCGUCAGCGGGCGAUAAGAAGACUAAGGGUCGGACGGGAUGGCCUCAGCAUGUUUGGGCUCUGGAACUGAAGCAGUAGCCCACCCCCUCAGCACCCCUUUCCUUCCCCGGUUCCGUCGUCAAAGAGAGCUGCGGACAAGAGCGAGGCGCGCUGACAAACUGUAACGGCGGCCGUCCUGGCCUCCUGUGGCUUCCCACACAAGCAGUAUACCGGGACAGUGCGUGUAGCUGUGUACAGGUGUGACGCGAAGACAGUGACAGUUUGCUGUAUCUUAGCCCCCCCCCCCCCAACACAGACACAGUGUUACCAUUAAUCAGCAAAGGCCCACCUUAUAUUCUAACUUAAGAAGACGCAGACAUGAAACACGUUUUUAAUUGCAACUGUUCGUUUACACCAAGCAUUCCAUAACAUAACGGUGUGUCGGUGGUUGUGUUUAACGUCAGUGAAAGUUAGUGUAGGCUUGACUCCGUGUCAUGGACUAAACGAGUGGUCCGUCUGUACAAGCUGCUGAGUUAUGUUCUACCACUGCUGGGCCGGUCGUCCCCCCCCCCCCCCCCCCCCCCCCCCCCCCCACACACACAGACACACACACACACAGACAGAUUCAAACACGGGGGUCUUGAGGUGCUCUCUGCUUUAUUUAACGGAAUAUAUUUAUGUGCAAUGGGGCCGUUAGAAGGACGCGAACAGCCAUUGUGAGUGAUACAGAGAAUCUGUGAUUAGAGGAGAAGGUGUGUGUGAACUCUGCUGUCUCUGCGUCCUUCUCUCGCAGUUUAUUGUUGUAAAUGUAGUGACGUCAUGGCGGUGACGACGUGUACACGUUGUGAAAAUGUCUCGGGAAAUAAUGGUUUAUGUGUGAUGUAAACAGUGUCACGAAUAAACCACCACCUGGUAACUGUUAACUGGUAACUGACUCAGCUGGUCAGACUGCUUUCUCCUGCACUAAAGGCGUUUUAAGUCAAAACAAAAACCAAAUUGGAAAUUAUGUCACAUGUUUAAUAACAUUUCAACGGGUUAACUCAGUGGCAAGAAAAAAAAGGAGCAGUCCAUAUAAUAAAUGUUAUUAAACUUCAAAUCUAGCUUUGUCUGUUUUUAAGGUGACACUUGUGAAAGGUGUUUUUGAAGCCUUUUCUCAGUGCUCAAUAUCAUAUUACUGCUGUGUUAAUGUUCUUUAACUGCAAGAAAUUUGGAGAAAUGGUACAAACACAUUUUCAGGUUUAGUGCACUUCAUGAGGCCAGAAGGUUAAAUCCUGUGAGGCCUAAAUACUCAUAACCCCUGAUUCGCUGUUA